GGGGUCGCAGAGUCGCCGGUGUUUCCCGACACGAGUCGAUUGGCUCCGAGAGCGGAGCGGAGCCCGACGUAUUCUGAACAGCUCCCAAAUGUUGAGCCCGAGCGGUGAAGUGCAGCUCUGGAGGGGGGCGAGGCUGGAAGGGAGGGAGACGACGGAGGAAGAAGAAGAAGAAGAAACGGGCAGCAUUCACACACAUUUUCACCCUGAAAGCAUCUCAGCAUCCCCGCAGUGACAGCACACACAGCUCCGUUGAAGAAUAGGACAACGAAACAGAAGACAAAGAAAAUCCUGAGCUCAAGUAUAUACACAACAUAAUCUGCCAAGAUGGUGACAGUCAGUGUGAUUGUGCUCAGUGUUCUGCUCACCACAGCUAUCUCUGCCCCUGUAAAAGAUUACCAGGACUCCAUGACCUUAUUCCUUGGAGAGGAUUUCCACAUUUUACUGCCCUCGCUCGGGGUGGAGGUCAUGUUUCGCAACAAGUCUGGUGAUGUGGUCCUGAUGAGGGGCUCCACAAUGAUCAGCAGUCGGGCCAGAGUCAACAGCUACAACAGCCACCUGGUUAUAGAGGCUGUUGGUGAGGGAGAUGAGGGUUUGUACACCGUGAAGAAUCCAGAGGAUCCAAACAAUGUCAAACGCAUUUUCCUUUGGGUUCGAGACUGCGUCAACGAGCUGACCAUCAAAUACGGAGACAACUUCCGUAUUCCAGUGUCGGGUGUAAAUCGUCCCAUCACUCUGGAGUACAGGCACAGCUCUGUGGAGGCCAACCUGACAUCUAGACCUGCUUUGGUGGUGUGGACUGCUGCAGGAACACCCACGAAACCCUAUCAGGGUCGUCUCAGCGUCAGUGAGCGUAACGUCACCCUCAGCGGUGUGACGGGUGCAGAUGAGGGGAGCUACACUGUCAGGGAUAACAAGGGUGUUAUUCAAAGGAAAGUGUGUCUCAAAGUCAAAGAGCAUCAAAACUUUGUGACCCUUCCAUAUGGUAAAAGACUGAAGAUCAACCUGAUACUCAACAGUUCAACAGUGUAUCUCUACUACAGCCUCAACAAUGACCCCACACUCCACCUACUGCUGGACAAGGGAGAAUCUACGAGUGCCAUAGCAGAGCUGGGUCUUGAGGAACGUUUCUCCAUGGAGGGUUCAUACGUUUUUCUGGAUCAGGUCACGGGUGCAGAUGAAGGCCAGUUCAAAAUUAUGGACUUACAAGGAUUCACUGUUUCCACUGUUCACCUGCAAGUGCAACCCUACAGGCUGGAGACGCUGUAUGUGGCGAUCAUUGCUCUGUUGGGCCUGCUGGUUUUCCUUCUGCUGGUUUGCCUGCUGUCCUGCCUGAUCAAAGUGAAGAAGAGGGCCAAGAGGUCUGCUGCCCUGGAAAAGAUCGCCCAGAACGCUGGCAAAGACGAUGAGGGGGAGGCCUUCAGGCAGGUGGUCAAGAACAUCACAAAACUCAGUGAAGAAUCCAAGCAUUCUCAGGCUGACAAUACAGAGAAAUCUCAGAGCACUGAGGUGGACAUUAAGGGACUAGAGGUCUCCUCUAAAGAAGUUGGGAUCGGUAACCUAGAGACCAGUGACUCUGGCGUUGGCUUUAACACUGCACUCCCAUUGGAUACUGACACUGAUGCCCCUGAUCAAAUCCCUGACUCUGAGGCUGCAAGUAUUUCUGUUGCUCCUGAAACCAAACCAAGCCCUUUACCUGCUGCUGAGUCUAAGCCAAGUGCUCCACCAAUGAUGGAAAUCAAGCCCAGUCCAGUAGCUGAAACUAAACUCAGCCCAGUCCCUGAGGCCAAGAAAACCCCUGAAAAGCCGGUGGAAUCGAAGUUGGAUGCCCCUAAACCAGCGGAUGUUAAACUUAGCCCAGACCCGAGCACAGAGCCCAAGGCUGGUCUGAGUCCAGCUGAUCCAAAAUCUGCACCCAGCCCAAUCCAAGAGCCUAAGCCAACUGUUCCCAAAGUCAUCACUCCAACACCUGAGAGUACAAGUACCCUAACUCCUGCACCUGAGACCCCCAAAACAACCACAUCAGAGCCCAUUACCAAUGGUACAUCAGAGCCAGAACCAGAUUCCAAACCGAGCCCAGAUCAUGCUGAUAUUAUUGGAGGCUCAGCUCCAAAAGCAGUCCCUCCUAAAACCCCUGAAGUAGAGAUGAAACCUAGUGGUGCCGUACUAGAAGUCGGCAGAGACGCCACUGUGGCUGAGGAUUCAACCACCAACACCUGAGAACUGCACCUGCAAAAACACAAAGGAAGCCCCACAGAUCUUGUCCAUCUACCACUACUUUAGACAAUCAAACACCCCCUAGCAAAUAAUGAGAAAACCACUGCAGCUGGUCUGACGUUGACUGAACAUGCCUGAACACAGCAUUACCUUGACAAUGGGAUCUCACUUGCCCGUAACUAACACUAAAACCUUUCUUUGACUUUCUUUGUGACUUUGUAAUUCAGAAACACUUUGCAUUCCAAGCAUGGCUUUUGAUUGUGAGACAUUUUAGUUGUAUACACCUUGCAGCCUUGAUUUUUGGUAAUUUCAUAGUAAUACUGCCAGACUGCAAAUGAAACCCUUUGCAGAGUUUACAACUAAAAUGUUCACUCCCCAUAAAGUCCUUUCUUAAAUAUCCAGAAAGAUUUUCCACAUUUCAUGAAAGUAACAUACAGUACUAGAUUUGCCUAUUUGUCCAUAACUAACCAUCAUUUCCCAUUAGGAUGCUUGUUCCUCUGUCAGCACAUGGAGGAAAUUUUCAGCUUCAGUUGACACUAGCUGAAAAUUUCAUCCACUACACAGACGUCAGCUGAGCAGAAGUGAAAGCUCUUCUGAUCACACUCGACUGUGUGUCGUGAGGUUAAGAGUCAGACUCCCAGUGGAUAUCUCAGGUGAUUAAAAUGUGUUUGGUAGACUAAUCCCUGACAUCUGGAUCAGCUACUUUAUGUCUUUGAUCUGGAUUUCCUCUUGGUUCUAGAAAAAUCCCAAUAAUCUUGCAGUUAAAUAAGAGGCUCAUGCCAGUAAAAACUUCAGGCACUUAAAAAGACCACCCAGUUCCAACUAUAUGUUGGGCUUUCCAGUGAUUGAAUACUAAAAGAAAGUGUGGGGUAAUUUCAAAUAGUUAGAAUAUGUUUCCUUUGAUUGUUUAUUUAAUUGUUUUCCUUUACCUGCUGUUUUUUUUUAGCCUUCUUUUUGUUUGCUGUUCUUCAAUUGAUACCCAUCCUUUCCUCCCUCUUUCUGCUUUAAUUUACUUAACAUCACUUACAGCUACUGAAACAAGGCCUUUUGAAAGAAAGUACAAUAUUAGCCAUUUAUUUUUUUUUUUUUACUAAAACUAGAUACUUACUCUGUAUUAGGUUUGGUUAACAGUGACAAAGUCUUGUUCAUGCGUCCUCGACCCUGUAAAAUUUGACAAAAGCUUCAAAUACAUAGUUGUCAUUGGCUUAAAAAUUCUCCAAUAGUAUGAGGCCUUUAUCAGCGCCAUGGCACUGUUUGUCUAGAGCUGUGUCCUUAGUGAGUUUCUAGGUGCAUGGAUGUUCAGUCAACACAAUUCAGUCUCACUUGUAACAGUAUUUAUGGUACAGAGGAGGUGUGCAGAUACUUUUUCAUGUAAAAAAAAUGCAUGUCUCUACCUCGUGUUACAACUGACUGCUGGCAAACCAGUGACUGUCCAUGUCUGAUGCACUGGAAUAAUCCCCCCAAAAUAAAAAUUAUGCACAAAGAGACAGCCAAGAAAAUUUAAUCAAAUGGUCAGAGAAGUAUAAGAAACUUUUAAGUAGACCCAUUUACAAUGAACUCGACUGUCUUCAUAGUUUUCCUGACAAAUAGAUUUCCUAAGGUGUGAAUUAAUAUGAGAUGUUGCAUCAGCAUCUUAAAAAGCCAUAAGACUAGAAAAGUUUCCAUGUCAGAUUUAAUACAAAGAUGAACACAAUAUAUAAACUUAAGAUAAAAAGAUAAACACGUGCCUCGAUAUUGAAUGGAUUACCUUUAUAAUUCAGAUGUGUUACACUUGGACAAAGGCUUUCUAAUGUAAAAUUGAGGAAAACACUGUAUAUGCCUCAUUUCCAACCUGAAUCUGUGAGGGAACUACACACUCAUUUGGCAAUACUGACAAUGCUCUUUAUAAAGACAUACAUACAUGCACACAUAGACCACAGACAGGCACUGCAACCUUGUAAAUAUUGCAUGUGUACAUCAGUUUAACCCCCUUAUGGCUGAAUGUUUUUAGUGUAUAGGACAGUUGUUGUAUUGUACUUAAGAAUAGAAAACUAGUACAAUUUUGCACCAACUUCAAACACACACACACACACACACACACACACACACGCAUAUAUAUAUAUAAACCCAGAUCAGAUGCACUAAUGUCUUGAACUAAUUUAACAACCAAAUAUUGUAAAAUUCCAUUAUGACUAUAUUAUCUCUUUUAGAUCAGUUACCUACUAUUAUUGCCAACUCGAUGAUACUCACAACAUACUGUAUCUUUCACCAUAUUUACAUGUUGUAUUGAAAUCAGUACCACUUACAGCAUUAAUUGCUGCAUGCCCAUGACAUGUUCCAGAAGUUGUUUGUGUGUGACCAAAGAAGUGUUUCUAUGUUCCCAUUAUUCUGUGCUUUGAAUUUGUGUGUUUUUGUCUGUAAGUUUAUGAGUGAGGUUGUGUUUGCUUAAAGUACCUAUGCACAGGCAGUUUGUACAGAAUGAAUUUCGUGUAUUUUGUGUCCGUCGCCAUCUGUUGUAAGGUGUCCAUGUGCCUGCCUAAAUCGUCUUGCAAUGUAAAGAAAAAAAAGUGCUGCAUUUAAGUCAUGAGUGUGAAUGUGCUUACAGCCACAAAACAUUCUCCAAGAUACGGAUAUUUUAGUGACUUUUGUCUUCGUUUUAGUGCCUAAAAUAUAUAUCGGAUAGUUAGCCUGCCAUUAGGAAGUGACUAAUGUCAGAUCAUCAGCCACUUCCUAAUGCCACCUUUUUAGUUUUAGGUAGCAUAUUCACAGAUGUAUGCAGUUUGCACACCUGAAAUUAUACCACUGACUGGCCUAAGAUAUGCUAAUAUGAAAGAAAUGUGGAACGAAAUAAUGCAAGUGAUGAAGAGACUGAUUUGGAGUGAUUAUAAAUAGCAUACAGACUGCUGAGUGUGCUUGUGUUUUCACUAAUCAAGUCUGUGGCACAGUUUGGAGCAUGUGUGUGAAUGCAUGAUAGCAGCAGAUGAAUGACAAAGCUUUGUGUGUGUGUAACCCCUCUGGGUUAUGUCGUUGUAAGCAACUGAUGAGAGACCGCUUACACAGCGUUUCCCUGCACCACUACUACUGUAUAUUGUCAGUGAUUGUAAUACCAAGCAGAGGAAGUAGGGAUGUGAGAGCCGCAGACAGUAAGUGGUGGGCAUGAUGAGCCUCUGUUUACACAUUACCACCAUCUCAAAGGAGGCUCAGUCUAGUGGGCUCAGAGUUAUUACAUCUAACAAGUGCUGGAGGGAUUCUAGUUUCAUACCCACCUCUGAUAGGCCACUAAUAGACGCCACUACUGGUAAUACCACUGGUACUCCUUGCACUACGUGAGUUGUUUCUACCCUCUCUGAUUACUGCUGCUGUACUUGGCCUGGUCGUGGCGUGAUGUCCCACAUGGUCUCUCUGUACACUCUUUUUGCACAACACUUCACACAGAUUUUUUGUAAAGACAAUUGUUUUUUUUUCUUUAUUUGUCUAAACAGAUACUAAAAAUAAACUGAAGCUUAUGGCA